CGGCUGCUCAGUUGCUGCUCGCACACGCGAUCGCCCGGUUGACACUUUCAGGGCCCUCGGUCGUUUUAUUGCCUCCAAUUUUCCGGCCAGCUGUGCGUAGUAAUCAAGCGGAAACUCGGUGGAAAAUAUACCCGUCUUUUACCAAAAGUCAAAGUCAACACAAAAGAGACAUUUUCCCUACGCUCGCCACCAGCUUAAUGCAUUUCUAAUUACCAGUUUUGUCCCCCUUGCGCUGAUAAAACACUUUCUCUUUUACGGCUGGCACAUUUUUGGGCCCAUAUUUUGUUGGCUCAUCGAUGAAAAGUGCGUGGGCGUGUUAUUUUUGAAACGAACAAUUUGUUGUGAAAACAAAACUAACCUUGGUCCCUUUUUCGCCGUCCAAAACAAUGCGGUCUGACUGCAUUCCAAAAAAUCAAAGAGUACUAAACUGCAGUCCAAAGAUAUAUUUUGACUAGUUUGAAAGCGAUUUUGGAGACCGAAAAUGGCCUGCCUGUCGGACAUUGAUUUGGCCACCUUGCACGAGAAUCGCUUGGACCAGCGGUGGCACUGCGGAUUGCCCAACAGCGAGCAUAUAUACCAUCCGCACCAGGAGGGAUUCAGUCCCAUGACGCGACUCUGUCUGGAGCGGAAUAUGCAGAAGAUGGUGCAGCGCGACCUCAACGGCAACUGUCUGGAACGGGGACGGUCCCGAGAUAAUCGAGAUAAUGCCAAUGGAUUGGCGUCAGGUGGGAAACGCAGACGAUCCGGCACCUGGCCGCGCACUCGAAGUUUGAAUGCCCCCUCGCCUGUCCAACAAUUCGGACCAUGUGGACGCAUAAUGAAGAACUCGGCAAUGGUGAUGCAGAUCCAGGAUCCGGCCAGUCAGCGUUUGACCUGGUACAAGCCUCCACUCACCGUUCUGGUGAUCAAGAAGGUCAGCGACGCCUCGGUGCUGGCGCCGUUUGUCCAACUCGUGGACUGGCUGCUGCAGGAGAAGAACAUGGUGGUCUGGGUGGAGUCGGCUGUCUUGGAAGAUGCUCAGCUCAACGAAAAUGUUCGGUUCAAGGUUAUACGCGAUAAGCUGGUCACUUUCAAAGAUGGCCGCGAUGACCUGACCGACCGUAUCGACUUCAUAGUCUGUCUUGGAGGCGAUGGCACUCUGCUGUAUGCCUCCCUGCUCUUCCAGCAAUCGGUUCCCCCGGUCAUGGCCUUCCAUUUGGGCUCGCUGGGCUUCCUGACGCCCUUCCGCUUCGACAACUUCCAGGAGCAGCUCACAAGUGUCCUCGAGGGACACGCUGCUCUGACUCUCCGCAGUCGUCUACGCUGUGUGAUGCAUCGCAGGAGCGAUAGAAAGCACGAGGAGAAGACCCAGGAGGUCGAUCCGGAUGGAGAUGCCCGACCAGCGGCCAACAGCAUCCUGGUACUCAACGAAGUGGUGAUUGAUCGAGGUCCCUCGCCGUACCUAAGCAAUAUCGAUUUGUUCCUGGACGGCAAGUACAUAACGUCGGUGCAGGGUGAUGGCCUGAUUGUGUCUACGCCCACGGGAAGCACGGCAUAUGCGGCAGCAGCCGGUGCCUCCAUGAUCCAUCCCUCCGUGCCGGCCAUAAUGGUGACUCCCAUUUGCCCGCACUCGCUGAGCUUCCGGCCCAUUGUGGUGCCAGCAGGAGUGGAGCUGAAGAUAUCAGUUUCCCCCGAAAGUCGCAACACCUCGUGGGUCAGCUUCGAUGGACGCAACAGGCAGGAGCUCUUCCACGGCGACAGCCUCCGCGUGACCACCUCUAUUUAUCCCGUGCCCUGCAUCUGCGCCCAGGAUCAGAUAUCCGACUGGUUCGCCUCUCUCGCCGACGGACUGCACUGGAAUGUGCGCAAGCGUCAGAAGUGCCUGGACGAGCUGUCGGAUCUCACCGCUUCCGGAUCCGAGGAUACGCUGGACGAGAUCGAGAAUAUGAAAUUGUAUGAUGUGUAGUGCGUAAGUCCCAUUUGCUAAUCGUAACUGUAGGUUACUGUAGGCUUUCAGAUGUAGUCUUAGUUAUCGGCCCUUUAUUUAGUGUGUAAUUUUUUAGUAUUUUGCAAGUAUCUGUUUCGAACAAAUUGAUUAUGCACAUUUCGUCAAAUGUAAAAGAAAAGUUUUAUAGUUUUUACUCUUUGUAAUCAAUAUGCUCUUAGAAAGGGUAUAUAAUAUUAAGCAAUACUGAAAUAUUGUACAUUUCUGCUAGAUAAAUAUAAAUGCUGUUAGUAAAACCUAAUAAAUUGUUUUUAAAACGAU